GCAGUGGACACCAGUUCCGAGAUCACCACCAAGCACUUAAAGAAGAAGGAAGUUGUGGGGGAGGCAGAGAAUGGAAGAGAUGCACCUGCUAAUGGGAAUAAGGAGGAAGAGGAAGGUGAUGGUGAGGAAGAAGUUGGAGAUGAAGAUGAGGAGGCUGAGGCAGCUACAGGCAAACGGGCAGCUGAAGAUGAUGAGGAUGCUGAUGUUGACACCAAGAAGCAGAAGACCGACGAGGAUGACUAG